CGCGAGGGUGCGAGGCGGCGUCCGCCGCGCGCUCCGCCCGCCUCCCCGCAACUCUGCCCGGCGCCGCGCGGCGCGCGUCCCGCUGCCCCCGGUGCUGCCCUCCCGCCUGCCGUCGCGCGCGGGGUCCGGCCGAGACACGGGGGUCCCCGCUCGGGGGCCCGGGUGCAGCCCGGAACGCCGAGCCCGGGUGGGGGGGGCGCCCCUCGCGCCCGCCCGGGAGCUGCGUGGGCCGCCUGCCCCGGCGCCCCCCGGGGGCAGGGCGCCCCGACUGUUCCGGGGGGCGUCCCCCCCCGACCCCGCGGAGCGCACGGAGCGAGCGCGCCCCAGCCGCUCCGGACCUCGCGCGCGCCCCCCGCGCGCCCCACUUCUGCACAAACUUUUUCUGCCGCCCUCGCCCGCGGGGGUCGCGGGGAGCCGGGCCGCCGGCCCCCGGCCACGCUGACCUCCGGCCUCUCGCAGCCUCAGUGGCGACCCCUCCAGGCCGGGCGGCGCGGCGCUCCGCGGGCUCCUGCGCCCCCCGGGGCGGCCGGGCGGGGGAAUGCCCUCGGUGAUGGAGAAGCCGAGCGCGGGCUCCGGGAUCCUGUCCCGCAGCCGGGCCAAGACGGCGCCCAACGGCGCGCAGUCCCCCUCGGAGGAUGACAGCAGCGAGGAGGAGCACUCCCACGACAGCAUGAUCCGCGUUGGAACCAAUUACCAGGCCGUGAUUCCGGAGUGCAAGCCCGAGAGCCCAGCGCGUUACAGCAACAAGGAGCUCAAGGGGAUGCUGGUGUGGUCGCCCAACCACUGCGUGUCCGACGCCAAGCUUGAUAAGUACAUAGCCAUGGCCAAGGAGAAGCACGGUUACAACAUUGAGCAGGCGCUGGGCAUGCUCCUAUGGCACAAACACGACGUGGAGAAGUCCUUGGCCGACCUGGCCAACUUCACGCCCUUCCCCGACGAGUGGACGGUGGAGGACAAGGUGCUGUUUGAGCAAGCCUUCGGCUUCCAUGGCAAGUGCUUCCAGCGUAUCCAGCAGAUGUUGCCGGACAAGCUGAUCCCCAGCCUGGUGAAGUAUUACUACUCCUGGAAGAAGACUCGUAGCCGCACCAGCGUGAUGGACAGACAGGCCCGGCGGCUGGGUGGCCGGAAGGACAAAGAAGACAGCGAUGAGCUUGAAGAGGGAAGAGGAGCCGUGAGUGAGGGGGAGCCGGAUGCCGGGGACCCCAAGAGAGAGCCUCUGCCUUCUCGGCCCCUGAAUGCCCGCCCAGGGCCUGGGAAGAAGGAGGCCCAGGGGUCUCAGUACCGCCACCACCCACUGCGAACCCGUCGGCGCCCCCCUAAGGGCAUGUACCUGAGCCCCGAGGGCCUGACCGCUGUGUCCGGGAGCCCCGACCUCGCCAACCUCACCCUGCGAGGCCUGGAUUCCCAGCUCGUCUCCCUCAAGCGCCAGGUGCAAAGCAUGAAGCAGACCAACAGCAGCCUCCGCCAGGCCCUGGAGGGUGGCAUUGACCCACUGCGCCCCCCGGAGGCCAACAUGAAGUUCAACUCCCGCUGGACCACAGACGAGCAGCUUUUGGCCGUGCAAGCCAUCCGGCGGUACGGCAAGGACUUCGGGGCCAUAGCCGAGGUGAUCGGCAACAAGACCCUGACUCAGGUGAAGACGUUCUUCGUGAGCUACCGGCGCCGCUUCAACCUGGAAGAGGUGCUGCAGGAGUGGGAGGCCGAGCAGGACGGGGCGCCCGCAGCACCAGCCCCCGCCGCCCCCGCCGCCCCCGCGGAGGAGGCGCGCAGGGCGCCGCCCGUGCCCACCCCUGCACCCGCGCCCGCACCCGCGCCCGCGCCGGCGCUGGAGGAGGACGACGAAGUCCAGAUCACAGCCGUGUCCACGUCGGCGCCCCGGCCGGCGCCCCCCGUGCCGCCCCCGCCCACGCCGCCCACUUCGCUGUCGCAGCCGCCGCCGUUGCUGAGGCCGCCGCUGCCCACGGCGCCCACCCUGCUCCGCCAGCCGCCCCCCCUGCAGCAGGGCCGCUUCCUGCAGCCGCGCCUGGCCCCCAACCAGCCGCCCCCUCCCCUCAUCCGGCCGGCGCUGGCCGCCUCCCGCCACGGGGCUCGCCCGGGUGCCCAGCCUCCGCCCACCCUGAUCGGAGCCCCCCUGGAACCCCCGGCCCCCUCACUCUGAGCCCGAAGGCCAUCGAGGACGGAAGGGCCCAGGGCCCACCUCGGCCGGCCUGGCCUUGGGGGGGUGGGGGUGGUGGUGGUUAGUGACCGUAGCUGGGGGCGGGAGAGGACAUGGAGCUGGCUGUUAGUGUGGGGUUGGAGGGGGAGGCGGGCAGGGGGUGCCCCCAGCGCCCCGAGGCUGAGAGGGCCAGGACAUAUGCAGACAUGGGUUUAUUUUUCAGAA